CAUCGCUGUGAAACUGCAAUAGUUCCCUAACUUUACUCUUGGUUCUCUCUUAUUUUCGGUCGCUGUUUUUUCCGGCAAACUCCGCCCCUGGCGCCAGCGCCCUCUGCAAAAGACCACUUCGACCACACUUCGCUUGACGGGAUCCUUGACCGUGUUCUGGCUUCCAGUCGCUGACCCAUCGCUCGCACUGUUGCCCGCUGGACUGCUGUAAUCAAGACUCAGCUAACCCAAAGCCCAAUGGAGGACCAUGAGAAGUACCAGCGGAACUUUGAAGAGGCAACACUGCCCCACUUCCUCAAAGGGAUCUCUAACUUGUUGUCCUUGCUGGAAUUCGUGGUCAACGCGCCUUCGGGGGAACUCAGCGACUCCAUGUGUGAGGACAUCAAGGGCGAGGUUGAAGGUGCACACACGGGGACGCUGGCGGCAGAGGAGGCCGCCGGCACUGUCGUUGGCCUCGUCGACAAGGCUUGCGAAGAGCUGACAUCACAACGGGGCAGGUUGAGCAAGAGGCAGGAUGAGCUGCAAGCCGACCUCGCAUCCACACAGGAGCAGCUGGAAGACCUGGCCGCUCGGCGGGAACAGGCUGAAGGUCAGGUCCAAAGUGCCGCCGUGUGGCUCAAGCAAGCAAAGCAGUCGCUGGCUGCAGCCAGGGCCAAACGGGGAGAGAAGCGGACGGGGAGAGACAUAGGAAUUGGUCUGUCCUUCGUUAUUCCAUGUAUUGGUAUCCCUAUGGCAGUUGCCUUUGAGAAAGAGCACGUGUACAGGAAGCUAGAAGUGGAGGAAGCCUGGGAGGAGGUUUGCCAAGUGACCGCCAGCAUCAAGAAGAACAAGGAGGAGAUGAAUCGAAUUGACAGGCGGGUGCCGGAGCUAGAGAAGGAAGUGGAGAAAGCCACCGAGACAUUGAGUAGGGUGAAGGAAGAGAUGUCGAAGAUCAGACAGCUGCAUAUCUCACUGGGCAGCAUGCAGUGUAAUCUCAGGAACUGUUUCCAGUACCUGUCCACCCUUCAUGGGUUGCUGAGGGUAAUGAAUGUUCAGAGCCAGAACCUGUACAGUCUGGACCAACUGGUGCCACUGAUAGUCGAGGCCUGUGAACAUGUUCAGCAGCAAGUGGCAGGCAACGAGUUCCUGCUAACGGCGACACAAGUCCACACAGUCCUGCACUCCAUAGCAGCCACACUACACAGCCUGCAAGAAAGCAAGCAGGCACAAACUGAGGACCAAUUCUGAUGGAAGAUGCAUCACUUCUGGCUGCAACAUUAGAUUGUACAUUCUCUCACGACAGAUGCUGCCUGACCUGCUGAGCAUUUCCAAGUUAUCUUUUUUUAGUUUGGUUUAGUUUAGAGGUACAGCGCGGAAACAGGCCCUUCUGCCCACUGAGUUCGUGCCAACCAGUGAUCCCUGCACACAAAUACCAUUCUACACACACUACACAGUGUGGGCUGCGAUGAAGAUGCUAUGAGGCUGCAGGGUGAAUUAGAUAGGUUGGGUAAGUGGGCAGAUGCAUGACAGAUGCAGUAUAAUGUGGAUAAAUGUGAGGUUAUCCAAUUUGGUGGCAAGAACAGGAAGGCAGAUCAUUGAAUGGUGUCAGAUUAGGCCAAUGGAGGUGCAAUGAGACCUGUGUGUGCUGAAAGUAAGCAUGCAGGUACAUCAAGCAGUGAAGAAAGCUAAUGGCAUGUUGGCUUUCAUUACGAGAGGACUUGAGUUUAGAAGCAAGGAGGUCCUACUGCAGUUGUACAGGGGCCUGGUGAGACCUCACCUGGAGUAUUGUGUGCAAUUUUGGUCUCCUAAUUUGAGGAAGAACAUUAUUGCUAUUGAGGGAAUGCACCAUAGUUCCACCAGGAUGUAGUGACUGACAUAUGAUGAAAGAAUGGGUCGACUGGGCUUGUAUUCACUGGAAUUUAGGAUGAGAGGAUAUCUUAUUGAAACAUAGAGAUGUUUUAAGGGAUUGGACAGGCUAGAUACGUGAAAAAAGUGUUCCUGAUGUUGGGGGACUCCAGAACUAGGGGCCACAGUUUAAGAAAAAGUAGACCAUUUAGGACUGAGAUGAGGAAAACAAUUUUCUCUCAGAGAGUUGUGAAUCUGGAAUUCUCUGCCACAGAAGACAGUGGGGGCCAACUCAUUGGAUGUUUUCAAGAGAGUUAGAUUUUGCUCUUAGGGCUAAAGGAAUCAAGGGAUAUGGGGAAAAAGUAGGAACGGGGUAAUUUGGUAAGUUUUAAUGAGGUCCCCCUCUCAUUCGUCUGAACUCCAGCAAGUACAGGCCCAAUGCCGUCAAACGCUCAUUCCUGGGAUCAUUCUUGUAUACCUCAUCUUGACACUCUCCAGAGAGAUCCUUUCUUGAUCCUUCCUCAGAUAUGGUGUCCAAAUUGCUGACAAUACUCCAAAUGCAGCCUUACCAGUGCCUUAUAGAGCUUCAACAAUACAUCUCUGUUUUUGUAUUCUGCCCCUCUUGAAAUAAAUGCUAGCAUUGCGUUUGCCUUCCUUAUGACUGACCUCCUUAAAAUGGCCUCCUUAGGCAUUUCAAUCCUUGAAGCUUAAAGAACCAAGGGAGAUCAUUUUGCCCAUCAUGUUUGUGCUGGCCUCUUGCACGCUUCUCAAAUUAGUUUUAUGCUUUGCUCUUCAUUAAUAUCCUCCAUUUUAAACUAUUUACCCAAUUUCCUCUUGGAAGUCACUCAGCUACUACUUGGGUAAACCCUGUUCUCCAUGUUUAACCUGCACAUGUCCCCAUUCCCAAGAUAAGUCCUGUCAAAAGCAAGCAAGUGGAAAUAUUAACUCUCGUGCAGUGUCGGGGGAACGCAACUCAAUAAUUUGAGGGGAAAAGUGAUGGGGUGGGUGGAACCAAGACCAAGUGUGGUUGUGGUGAUCGGGGUGAUCUUGUGUCAACAGGACAGAUGGAUGUUUCUUUUUUUACUUUAAAGUUUAGAGAUACAGCAUGGAAACAGGCCCUUUGGUCCACCGAGUCCCUGCUGACCAGCGAGACAAUUUACAAUUUUGCAAAAUCGAAUUAACCUACAAACAUGUAUGUCUAUGCAGUGUGGGAAGAAAACCAGAACACUCGUAGAAAUCUCACAUGAUCACAGGGAGAGCGUAAAAACUCUGUUCAAACAGCGCCCGUAGUCAGGAUCGAUCCCGGGUCUCUGGCGCUGCAAGGCAGCAAUUCUAGCGCUGUGCCGCCCCUGGUUCUUUGGUGCUAAGGGUGUGGGGGUGACUCUGGAUUGUGGAGGUGGGUAAGAAGAUGUUGGGGAAGUGGGUGAGGUCAUGAUGGGCCAGGUGACCUGGAAAUAGGCUGAGGAGGUAGAGAGGGCGGUUCAGUGGGAUUGGUGUGGAAUGCUGUCACCAUGGGAUGAGAAGGUUUUGCAGGGACAAGAUGUGCUCAAUGGGAUAAAGGGGCUGUUGACAGGUGAAAUUGUGACGGGGAGGGGUUUUGAGUUGACAAUGAGGUGGGCAGCAGGUGGUGGAUUGGGAAGGAAAGGAUGCCUUGGGAAGUGGGAGUGAGGAUCUGUUGGGGUGGAGGUUGAUCCCAAUUGUUGACCCUUACACUUUGUUACACUAUGAUGGUGGAGAAGACUUCUCUCUGCAUCUGUGGGGCAGAAACCUACCAUCAUGCUGGAGGUUUUCACAGGCCUGGCAACUCAUCCAAGGUUGCCUUAUGCCUGGCCCUCAGGACACUCCUCAACUGCCUGAGUCCCGAUAAUUGACUGGACAUGCAGUUCUUUGCAAACAUUUGAGUGCAGGGAAGGGAAUUCAGCCUUCAACUCUGCUCCACCAUUCAGCAAAACCAUGGCUGAUCUUCUACCUCCUGCACUAUCACACACCCCUCUGCUCUUUAGUAUAUAUAGUAUGAUUUGCAGGAUAAAUGAUGCAUAGUAUGAGUUGACUGGAUAGCACACAGGGCAACAGUUAUCACUGUAUCAUAGUAUGUGUCACAAUAACAAACCUCUACCAAUACUCUAACAUUCAGAUAUGUACGGUAUCAAUCACCGUUUGGAUUGAACUCAAUAACUACGUUUUCAGAGAUUUGAGUGAAGAUAUUUCUCCUCGUGUUCAUCCUAAAUUGAAUUUUGUAAUUAGCUACAAUUAGGUAACUAACUAAUUAUAUGCUUUAAUUUCAGCUCAUCCAAGUAAGAUAGUUUCAUAUUUGUUUCAGAAUGCUUCAAUCAAUAAUAACAUAAAAUUUCAUUCAGUUCUCUUAAUUUUUAAGAAAGUUAUGGGCUUUUGACUCCUCGAUCACAGCUUUUAAGUCAAUGGAAAAGCAAUAGGGAACAAGAUGCUAAUUUCAGAGUAUGAAAAUGGCCAUAAAUGUUUUAAUACUGAAGAUAUGAAAGUGAAUUAGGCGUCAAAUUAAACUUCUUUUUAUGCUUUAUCUGAUGGGAUAAAUUGCAGACUUGAUUUUUAAAAUCUAAAAGUUUUGUAACAUUGCUACUCUUAUUCUGAGACAGUGACCCCUGGUUCUCAAGCCUGGGAGAACUCCAUCUCUGCAUUCAUCCUGUGCCUCCCCUUACACCGUGCUGCCUGAUCCUUGCACGGUCUGCUUCGUGCACCCACUUUUCCUGCAGGAGAUCGUCUCUUUCAAUAGGAAUGACAACAUGAGCACAAAUACCCUGCAUUGUACUCAGCGAACGUACCGCACAAGGGAGCCUUUCUCACUCAUCCACCCCCCCUCGGGUCAGGGAGCUCAUUGGUAUUCGCUGGCACGUUACUCCAGACCCAAUCUCUGCAGUGUUGCCGAGCAACAGUACAGUAAGUGGUACCGGUUUACCCGGAGUGCUGAAAUGUUUCAGGAAAUGUUCGAUGGUUAAGAUAUGGAAAUCAGAAUCCAAGUGGGCGGGAGAGGUAUAGAUGUAAGAAGAGAGUUGGAACGACACAAAGAUACAUAAAGUUCAGCUCACCCACACUCACCAGUUCUAACUCUUCAUCCAUACUUGCCGUCCCACACAGGCUCUUGGGACCAACGCUCGUCUUUCUAUCCAACUCCCUUGAAAGUUUCAACCUCUUAAAGGGGACGUGCAGGGUAAAUAUUUUUUACACAGUGGGUGGUGGGCACCUGGAAUCCAGUGCAAGAAAUGUUGGUGGAGAAAGAUACGAUAGCAAUGCCAUUUAAGAGGCUUUUGGAUAGAACAUGGAUAUACAGGGACUGGUGAAAUAUAGAUCAUGUACAAGCAGAUAGAUGGUCUUGGCAUCGUGUUUGGCACAGACAUUGUACGUCUAAGGGCCUGUUCCUGUGCUGUACUGGUCUACAUUCUAUGUUCUCUGUGGUCUUCCGCACUUCAGAUGAUUCCAUUUCUGAUUUUUUUUUACCCAUUUCUGUGUCCAUAAAUAUAACUAUCAAAGCAAAGAUUAAUAACCCAUACAUUAUUGGUCCUUGAUUGAGUGAUCUAUUGGGUUGUUUUGGUUCUGUUUCACAUAUUGGCCACACUGUAAGGUGUCAGAUUUGACCUGCCAUCUGCUGGUGUUUGGAAGAGUGAAGGGGAGACUUGUUGAAUAAUUGAAGAUCCUGAGAUCUUGGUUUGGGGAUGUGGAUAGGAUGUUUUCUCCAGUGGGAGAAUGUACAAUUAGGGUUACUGUUUAGAAUGAAGGCUCUCCCAUUUAUGGCAGUGAUGGCGUGUUUUUAUUUACUUUCAGAAGGCCACAAAUCUUGAAUUCCUUUCCACGAAGGUCAGAAUAUUUGUAAGACAGGGAUAGAUAUGUGAUAAGCAAGGGGAUAAAUGGUCAAUGCCAGCAGGUGGGAUGCACAGUUGAAUUUACAAUCAGAUCAGCCAUUAAAUGGUGGAGGGGCUGAGUAGCCGACUCUUCCUCCUUGAAUGAAAUCACACCAACUUUAAUAUCAUAUAUAGAAGUACAGCGAGGUAGAGAUAUGAUGAAAAAAAUGCUUGCAACAGCAUCACAGGCACAUAGACUCAGGCAACACACGAAAAAAGAUAAAUAAUGCCAGACAAUGAAAAGAAAAAGACUGCGAAAACAAGACAUUAGUGCAAUAACAAAAUUAAAAAAUGACUGUAGUGCAGGAGGUGAUCCAUUGUGUUCCAUUGUUGAGGUAGAAUUAAAGUUGUCCUAGUCAGUUCAGGAACCUGGUUGUUUUAGGAAAAGUGCUGUUCUUGAACCUGGUGGUGCUUCAGUACCUCCUGCCUGAUGGAAGCAGUGAGAAGGGGCAUAGCCCAGAUGGUGGGGUUCCUUGAUAAUAGAUGCCGCCUGCUUGAGUCAGUGCCUCAUGUAGAUACAUUUGAAGGUGGGGAGGGCUGUGCCCAUGAUGGACUGGGCUGAGUCCACCACUCGUCGCAGCUUCCAGCUUUCCUGUGCAUUGGAAUUGCCAUACCCAGCCAUGAUGCAACCAGUUAGGAUACUCUCCAAAGUGUAUCUGGAGACCUUUGGUGAAAUAACAAAUCUUCUAAAUUUCUAGGCAUGUAAAGAUGCUGCCAUGCCUUUUUGCCCCAGGACAAGUCAUCUGCAUUGUUAAUGCCCAGGAAUUUGAAGCUGUUUCCAUCCCCACCCCCCCUCACCACCACCAACAGCAAUGAAAACUGGCACAUGGUCGCCUGACUUCCACUUUCUGAAGUCAAUGACUAGUUAUUUUGCUUUGUUGACAGUGAGUAAGAGGUUGUUGUUACAGCACCACUCAACCAGGUGUUGUACCUCUUUCGAACACCACCUGUGUUUUGGUACAACAGAGGUGUGGUCGACGAAUUUAUAGAUGACAUUGUAGGUGUGCUUUGCCACACAGUCGUGGGUGUAAAGAGAGAAGUGCAGCCUCGAAGUGCACCUGUGUUGAUGGCGUGUGCAGGGGAGAUGUUGCUACCGAUGCACAGUGAUUGAGGUUUGCCAAUAAGGAAGUCAAGGAUCCAGUUGCAAAGAGAGGCACAGAGGCCCUAAACUUGAACCUUGAUGAUCAGUUUGGAGGUCAUGACUGUGUUGAUUACUGAAUGGUAGUUGAUGAAUGGUAGAUUGGCCCUUGUAUUCUUUUCAUCCAGUUUUCAGAGCAGGGUGGAGAGCAUGGAGAUGGCAUCUGCUUUUUAGAUUUACAGGCCAUUCCGCCCACAACACCAACCAGCGAUCAUCCCAUAUACUAACCUACAACCUACCAAAGCCAAUUAACCUCCAAUCGCGGAGCACGGUUGAGCCGCGGAACUUACUUACCAUCACCCGGUGGGGUCACACCAUCAGAGGCCUGGAUCACUUCAGCACAGAGGGAGAACAAGGAGAGAGGAGACAAAGACUUUAAGACUUUUGCCUUCCACCACAGUGAGGAGGUGCCUGGUGAACUUACUGUGGUGGAUGUUAAAUUUGUGUUUAUUGUGUGUUUUGUUAUUUUAUUAUAUGUAUGACUGCAAGCCAACGAAAUUCCGUUCAGACCGAAAGGUCUGAAUGACAAUAAAGGAUACUGACUUUGACUUUGACUUUGAUUAACUUUUGAAGUUUUGAAGUGCGGGACGAGACCGGAGUACCUGGAAUGUAGUCACAGGGAGAAUGUACAUACUCUGUACAGACAGCACCCUUAGUCAGGAUCAAACAAGGUUUUCUAGUGCUGUAAGGCAGCAACUCUACCACUGUGCCACCAUGCUGUUGACCUGUUGUGGAGAUCGGUAAAUUGAAGCAUGAUCAGGUCAGUUCUGAGACAGGACUUGAUUGAUGCCAUAACCACCUUUUGAAAACCUUCAUUAUGGUAGAUGUAAGUGCCACCAGAGUUUAGAGU